GCAACUAGCGACGCCUGUUGGUGCUCAAGCGAGUGGCUAAGAAAGCAAAAUGUCGGAUAAAGAUGUUAUGCUGGAUGGUAAACCUCUACAAUCGCUUUGUCUGGCGGAUUUGAAAGCCGCUUCCGAACAACGUUGCCUCCCUAAAAGCGGGACGAAAAGGGCACUCAUCAACCGCCUAAAACGGACCCUGAUGUUGGAGAAUCUUCAGAGGACCUCCACUCAUCAUGGUGGGCACCAGCCCAACUCCAGGAUUGGGGAGGAGAUGAGUCAGAACAGCUUCAUAAAACAGUAUCUGGCCAAGCAACAGGAGCUCCUCCGCCAGAGGCUGGAGAGGGAGGCCAGGGAGGCUGCAGAGGCCAAUGAAAGUCCAGCAGGCUCAGAUUUAGAGAAGGAAGGUCUAACAGAGGUGGUGAACGACAGCCCUUCCUACUGCCCAAAUAAGGAAACCCAUUCCCUGUCGGUGCAAGUACUGGAAGACUUUAAGCCCCGGGGCCUGGCCCCCUCCGCCCCCCCCCACUCCCAGGGGACGGAAGACACCUCCCUAGCGGAUGGCCGUCAGCCUACUCACUCCGUGCUCCACCUCAGCCGCUCUGCCUGGGCAGCAUCCAGAGCCUCUGUUGUCAAAUGCCUCAAGGACAACAGUGAUGAAGAUGAUGACAGCGUUGAGGAGGACGAAGAGGAGUGGGGACCAGUGGCAGGUGCCAGGAGAGGGGGCGGUGUCGGAGGAGGUCGUGCCCCACAGCUCAAACAGCCCUACCCCAACGUCCCAGCGGCCCGAGAAAGAUCCAGACGUAAGCUCCAGCCUCCGCAGCACAUCCCCCCCCAGCAGGUGGUGCACCAACCCACCAUGCCGCUUCGCCAGCCCACGCCACCCCCCUCCCCACCACCGGAACUCUCCUUCCCCCUUCCCGAAACCCCCAAGCAGAGCACGCCAAACAUGGAUGAGGAGCCAGAAGCGGCAGGGGUGGCUGUGCGCCUCCUUCCAGGUGGCUUCCAGAAGCAGGACUCUGAUUCCAGCUCCCGGUCCAGCAGCCCAGAGCUUCUGGCACAACGCAGACCCGGGUCCCUGUUGGCCCGCAAGAUGGCUUCUGAGGAAGUUUUUGAAAAGAGAGGCGAGCGGGCUUCAGACAACCCGACAGAUCCCAUCAAGGUCUCUAGACUAGAAGAAGAAGGAUUUGGAGAAAGCAGCAGGAAAAAAGUAUCAAUGCCAGUAAAACAAGACAUUAUUAGGCUAAAACAUGAGAAAAAAUCGAUUAGAGACAUAGCCAAAACACUAGGUUUGUCAAAAUCAACUGUUUGGUACAUUGUUAAGAAGCAAGAACGUACUGGUGAACUCAGCGAUCGCAAACGACCUGGUAGACCACAGAAGACCACAUUAGUGGAUGACCAACAAAUGCUUGCAAUUGUGAAGAAAAACCCCUUUUCAACUGUUGAACAUAUCAAGAACACUCUUCAGGACUUAGGCAUAGUUGUAUCAAAGAGUACCAUAAAGAGAAGACUUCACCAGCAUAACUUUUGUGUUUACCACAAGACACCCACCACUGAAAGUCAAGCAGGCCCAGAUGAUGUGGAGGAGGAAGGUCACACCAAGGAAGUCAAUGACAGCCCCUACUACUGCCCGGAUAAGCCGGAAGAGGCUGGGGUAGCUGUGCGCCUCCUUUCAGGUGGCCUCCAGUGGCAGGACUCUGACUCCAGCUCCCGGUCCCGGUCCAGCAGCCCAGAGCCCCUGGCACAACACCGACCCGGACCACUGUCCCUGUUGGCUCGCAAGAUGGUGUCUGAGGGAGUGUUUGAGAAGAGAGAAAGUCAAGCAGGCCCAGAUGAUGUGGAGGAGGAAGAUCACACAGAGGAGGUCAACGACAGCCCCUACUACUGCCCGGAUAAGCCAGAAGAGGCUGGGGUGGCUGUGCACCUCCUUCCAGGUGACCUCCAGUGGCAGGACUCUGACUCCAGCUCCCGGUCCAGCAGCCCAGAGCCUCUGGCACAACGCAGACCCGGACCACUGUCCCUGUUGGCCCGCAAGAUGGCGUCCGAGGGAGUGUUGGAGAAGAGAGGCGAGCGGGCUUUAGACAACCAGAUAGAUCCUGUUGAGGUUUCUAGAUUAGAAGAAAGAGGUUUGGGAGAAAGCAGCAGCAAAAAAGUAUCAAUGCCAGUGAAACAAGACAUCAUUAGGCUGAAACAUCAGAAAAAAUCAAUUAGAGACAUAGCCAAAACACUAGGUUUGUCAAAAUCAACUGUUUGGAACAUUGUUAAGAAGCAAGAACGUACUGGUGAACUUGGCGAUCGCAAACGACCUGGUAGACCACAGAAGACCACAUUAGUGGAUGACCAACAAAUGCUUGCAAUUGUGAAGAAAAACCCCUUUUCAACUGUUGAACAGAUCAAAAACUCUCUUCAGGACUUAGGCAUAGUUGUGUCAACAAGCACUAUAAGGAGAAGACUUCACCAGCAUAACUUUUGUGUUUACCACAAGACACCCACCACUAGUAAGACUCAACAACAGAACAGCCAGGGUACAGUUUGCGUAUGGACAGAUGAGAUGGUGAACAUGUACCUGAGUGAUGAAAAUAGUAAAGCCGGCCCAGAUGAUGUGGCGGAGGAAAAUCUCAUAGAGGAAGUCAACGACAGCCCCUACUACUGCCCGGAUAAGAAUCCCCAUUCCCUGUCGGUGCGAGUACUGGAGGAUGUUGAGCACCAAGGCCUGGCCCCUUCCAUUCCCCCCCACUCCCAGGAGAAGGAAGACACCGCCCUAGCGGAUGACAACCAGCCUACUCACUCCAUGCUUCACCUCAGUCACCAGCCAUCCAGAGACUCUGCCGCCAACCGCCUCCAUGGUGACAAUGACAACAGCGAGGUGAACGAAGAGGAGUGGGGACCAGCGGCAGGUGCCAGGAGAGGGGGCAGUGCCCCCCAGCCCCAACAGCCUUCCCCCAGUGUCCAUGUCCUGUCCGACAUGGAUGAGGAGCAGGAAGAGGCUGGUGUGGCCGUCCGCCUCCUUCCAGGUGGUCUCCAGAGGCAGGACUGUGAGUCCAGCUCCCGUUCCAGCAGCCCAGAGCCCCAGGCGCACAAGAGGUCCAAGGGAGUGUUGGGGAAGACACGCAAGGGGGCCUCUGACAGCCAGACAGAUCCUGUCGACGUCUCGAGACCAGAAAAAUCAGGAGAUGGAGACAGCAACUGCAAAACAGUUUCCAUGCCCUUAAAGCAGGACAUUAUUAGGCUAAAACAUGAGAAUAAAUCAAUUAGAGACAUAGCCAAAACAUUAGGUUUGUCAAAAUCUACUGUUUGGUAUAUUGUUAAGAAGCAAGAACGUACUGGUGAACUCAGCAACCGCAAACGACCUGGUAGACCACAGAAGACCACAUUAGUGGAUGACCAACAAAUGCUUGCAAUUGUGAAGAAAAACCCUUUUUCAACUGUUGAACAGAUCAAAAACUCUCUUCAGGACUUAGGCAUAGUUGUGUCAAAGAGUACCAUCAGGAGAAGACUACACCAGCAUAACCUUUGGGUUUAGCACAAGACACAAGACAAGUAUCACCAGGGAACAGUUUGCAAAAAAAUACAUGAAGUCCAGAGGUUCUGGAACAAAGUAGUAUGGACAGAUGAGAUGAAGAGUAAGUUCUCCUUCAGUGAUGGAAAGUGUGGAGAAAGGAACAUCUCAUGAUCCAAAGAAUACCACCUCAUCUGUGAAGCAGUGCAGGUAGUGUUAUAUUUUGGGCAUGUUUGGCUGACACUGGAACUGGCUUAGUUUUCUGUCUUGAUGCAACUGCUAACGCAGCAGCAGGAUAAGUUCUGAAAUGUACAGAUCUACUCUGAUCCAAUCAAAUGCUGCAAAUCCUGACUGCAGUACAAGCCUGGCAGAACAUCAACAGGGACAAUCGACAUCAACAGCGUCUGGUAGUCCAUUGGUCACAUACUUCGGGCAGUCAUCGAUGCAAAGGAUUUUGUAAACAAGCAUUAUAUAUCAUGACUUACUUAAGAUUAUGUUCAUUUGUCCAAUUACUUUUGAUCCUAAAGGGGGGGGGGGGGUUGUCAUUCAUACUGUGACAAAAAGGUAUUCACCCACUUGGACUUUGACAUAUUUUGUGUCAAAUAGAUUUGAGAUGUUGCCACUAAUUAACACAAAAAAGUGUGAAAUUAUUGAUAAAUAUUAAACAGAAAAUUAUUGAUUGCCUAAGUAUUCACCCCCUUUGCUAUGACAUAACUAAAUGAGUUGUGGUGCAAGCCAUUGUCUUUAGAAGUCAUGUAAAUGCUUGAAUGGAAUCCGUCUGUGGGCAAUUUCACCCGUCUCUGGGUGCUCUGACAGCGGUUAGUACAAUUCCUUAGAAAAUCAUGAUGAAGACACUGUCUGGCUUUUUGGCCUCAAACUAAGAGCUAUGUUUAACGCAAACCUACCACCGCACAUCAUCCUGAGAACAUCAUCAUCCUUACCGUGAAGCAUGGUGGUGGCAGCAACAUGCAAUGGGGAUGCUUCUCUGCAUCAGGGCCUGAAAAGCGUGUAUAGAUAGAGGUCAGAAUGGAUGCAGCAAAGUAUAAAAAAUUUGCAAAGACCAGCGAUUUAGAAUUUUAUUUUAUUUUUCAUUUGACAUGGGAAUCUUUUUUGUGACGAUCAGUGGCAAAAACUCUUAAAUCCAUUUUGAUUUCAUGUUGUAACACAAAAUGUGGUAAAGCCUAAGGGCAUUAAUACAAUACCCUUUCCAAAAAAGGUGGGAUGCUGUGUAAAAUACAAAUAAAAACAAUGCAAUGAUGUGCAAA